GUGACGGAUCAGCCUGUGGGCGGGACUCUGCAGCCAGCUGGAGGAGUGACAGCAGGAGAUCAGUGCGUCGGGAACAUCCGCCCGGUUACACCGUUAAAACCGACACUCAGACGGUUCAGAUACUCGCUGGUUCACAUGAUUGUGGAGCGGAAGAAGCUGCGGACAGUCAGCUCAGGCUGCAGGAUGUCUCACACCAAGCUGCAGAAUAAAGUUCAGACUCUAACGGCCAACUGCGUCAAAUAGGUUCCGCUCGGACGGGACUGCAACCAUGUAGCCACUUUUUGAGUCAUGCAUUCAUCAGAAUAUGUCAUGUGCAGUUACCAUGCAUGCAGGACUCUGUGAAGAGCCGCUCCCACGAGCCUUCUGAGGGGAACUCUCGGUGCAGAAGAGGAUUAUUUGCGCUCCCGGUCCCGUCCGCGCCGCCUGCAGCUCCUGCAGCUCCAGCUGAUCAUGGCCAGGCUCCGGAGGAAGGCGUGCAUCGCCCUGCUCCUCUUCACCAUCUUCAUCUUCGGGACUAUGAUGGGGCUGAGGACCCUGAAGCCCAGCGACGGGUUCUCGGAUCUGUCUCCGGGUCUGGAGCUUCUGCUGCCGGUGGUAGCGGGGAAGGUGGACCGGCGCUCCGUGUCCCGUGACGCCACCGCGUCCCCGGGUCAAGCCCGCCCGGCUGGCGGCAACACAAAGCCAGUCCUGUCCAACUCCGGCCCCGAGGGGACCAUCUUUUACGAUGUUCAUAUUUUUUACUACACCUGGUACGGGACCCCGCACAUGGACGGCAAAUACAUCCACUGGGACCACAUCCUGGUUCCACACUGGGACCCCAAAAUCGCCUCCAGCUACCCGAGAGGGAGGCACAUGCCGCCCGAGGACAUCGGCUCCAGUUUCUACCCGGAGCUCGGUCCCUACAGCUCCAGGGACCCGGACGUGCUGGAGUCCCACAUGGAGCAGAUCGGGGCAUCUGCAGCAGGGGUUCUGGUCCUGUCCUGGUAUCCUCCCGGUUUGGCUGACGACAACGGGGAACCCUCUGAGGAUUUGGUCCCGUCUGUACUGGAUACUGCAUAUAGACACAACCUGAAGGUUGCAUUUCACCUCCAACCAUACAGAGGACGAAACGACCAGAGUGUACAUGACAACAUCAAGUAUAUCAUCGACAGGUACGGUGACCACGGAGCCUUCUACAAGUUCACCUCCAGAACGGGGAAGAGCCUCCCUCUGUUCUACAUCUACGACUCCUACCUGACUCCUCCAGAGUCCUGGUCCGAGUUCCUGACCCCCACCGGCUCCCACAGCGUGCGCGGCUCGGCCUACGACUCCGUCUUCAUCGCCCUGAUCGUGGAGGAACGCCACAAGCACGACAUCCUGGCGGGCGGCUUCGACGGCAUGUACACUUACUUCGCCUCCAACGGUUUCUCCUUCGGCUCCUCCCACCAGAACUGGAAGGCCAUCAAAGCCUUCUGCGACGGCAAUAACCUCCUGUUCAUCCCCAGCGUGGGACCCGGGUACAUCGACACCAGCAUCCGCCCGUGGAACAACCACAACAUGCGCAACCGGGUCAACGGGCGCUACUACGAGACGGCCCUGCAGGCGGCGCUCAACGUGAGGCCGGAGGUGGUCACCAUCACGUCUUUUAACGAAUGGCACGAGGGCACGCAGAUAGAGAGGGCGGUGCCUAAAAAGACGGUGACCCGGGUGUACCUGGACUACCAGCCACAUGGACCCGACUACUACCUGGAGCUGACCCGCCGCUGGGCGGAGCAGUUCAACAAAGAGAAGGAACAGUGGCUCAUGUGAGCUUCCAUCAAACGGACUUCAAACAGCAUGCUGCAGAGAGAAGAGUGUUCACAUGAAAGACUAGAGAACAAAAGAGAGAGAGAGAGGGGUGAAUGUACGUCUAUGUGGACAUGCUUUUACCUUCACGGCUAAAAAAGGGGUUCUGAAAACAAGAUAAAAACAGUAAAUCUGAGGGAAAUGAUCUUGCUGCAUGGACAGAUAAUUUACCUUGACAAGAUUUCUUAAAUUAAGAUUAUUAAAUCUAGAAAUAAGCAUGUUGAACGCUUAAAAUAAGAAAUUAACUCUUAAAACAAGAUAAAUUAAAGCUGCAAGCAGCGAUGAACUGGCCCGAGCAGAGUGACCUGAUGAUUAUUAGUUUCUCACCAGGAUAAGAAAAACUUUUUGUGUUUUUUUUGUGAAUUUACGUCUUCUUUGUCUUUUUUGGUCUUUUUGUUUCUUUUUCUGGCCUGAGCAGAGUG